AAGAGAGAGCACCAAACGCAACCACCACCAGCAGCGGCAGCAGCACGGCGGUCGUGGAAGCCAUGCUGUUGGCGUUGAGGAAAGACACGCUUAAUGGUGACCCUGAGUCUCUUCACCAACCUUUGCUUUCUUCCCAAAGAUCCUUAGUCAACUCUACUUCUCAGGUUGCCAUCGUAGGCUCCAAUGUCUCCCCAAUUGAGAGCCUUGACUACGAGAUCAUAGAGAACGAGUUCUUCAAGCAGGAUUGGAGAAGCAGAGGGGCCUCUCAGAUAUUCCAAUACAUAUUCAUGAAGUGGCUCUUGUGCUUCCUCAUUGGUUUGAUCGUUAGCCUCAUCGCAUUCUGCAACAAUCUCGCUGUUGAGAAUCUCGCUGGCAUCAAGUUUGUUAUCACAUCCAAUAUGAUGUUGGAAAGGAGGUUUCUGUUGGCAUUUGCAGUAUUUUUCGCUUCGAAUUUGGGUCUCACUAUCUUUUCUGCUGUAAUCACGGCUUUGAUAGCACCGGCAGCUACUGGUUCCGGUAUACCGGAGGUGAAGGCUUACCUAAAUGGGGUGGAUGCACCUGGAAUUUUUACUGUACGGACUCUGUUUGUUAAGAUUAUUGGAAGCAUUACAGCAGUGUCAUCAUCUCUUCUUAUUGGGAAAGCAGGGCCCAUGGUCCAUACAGGUGCAUGUGUGGCAUCAUUGUUGGGGCAGGGCGGGUCGAAGAGAUAUGGUUUAACGUGGAAGUGGUUACGCUUUUUUAAGAAUGACCGAGAUCGACGAGAUUUGGUAAUGUGUGGAUCAGCUGCUGGAAUUGCUGCUGCCUUUCGUGCCCCAGUUGGUGGGGUGUUGUUUGCUCUUGAAGAGAUGACAUCUUGGUGGAGAAGUGCACUUCUCUGGAGAGCUUUCUUCACAACAGCAAUAGUUGCAAUUGUGCUUCGUGCUAUGAUUGAUGUAUGUUUAAGUGGUAAAUGUGGGUUAUUUGGUAAAGGGGGACUGAUAAUGUUUGAUGUUUAUUCAGCAAGUAUUUCAUAUCAUUUGGCGGAAGUUCCUCUUGUGUUUAUUCUUGGUGUUAUAGGAGGGAUUCUCGGAAGCUUAUAUAACUUUAUGCUGAGCAAAGUUCUUCGUGUAUACAAUUUUAUCAAUGAGAAAGGCACCAUAUGCAAAAUUGUGCUUGCCUGUGUAAUCUCCAUUUUUACCUCCUUUCUUCUUUUUGGAUUGCCAUGGUUUGCAUCUUGCCAACCUUGUCCUCUUGAUGCAGCAGAGCCUUGCCCAACAAUAGGCCGAUCCGGCAACUUCAAGAAAUUCCAAUGCCCACCCGAUCACUACAAUGAUCUUGCCAGCCUCAUUUUUAACACAAACGAUGAUGCUAUUAGGAAUCUAUUUAGCAGGGACACUAAUGAAGAGUUUCAGUAUUCAUCAAUGUUCAUCUUUUUCAUCACAUGCUUUUUCUUAAGUAUCUUUAGCUAUGGAGUUGUUGCUCCAGCUGGUCUCUUUGUGCCAGUUAUUGUUACUGGUGCAUCUUAUGGUCGCUUUGUUGGCAUGUUGGUAGGUAAAAGGACCAAUCUUCACCAUGGCCUUUAUGCUGUUCUUGGUGCUGCUUCUUUUCUCGGUGGAUCGAUGAGGACAACAGUUUCGCUAUGUGUAAUUAUGCUGGAAUUGACAAAUAAUUUGUUAUUGCUACCGUUGAUCAUGAUGGUGCUUUUGGUAUCCAAGACUGUAGCUGAUGCUUUCAAUGCAAAUAUAUAUGACCUUAUUAUGAAAGCCAAAGGUUUCCCUUAUUUAGAAACUCAUGCUGAACCAUAUAUGAGGCAGCUAAUGGUAGGUGACGUCGUCACGGGGCCACUUCAGAUGUUUAACGGCAUUGAGAAAGUCCGCAAUAUAGUGUUCAUUCUCAAAACUACAAGGCACAACGGAUUUCCUGUUAUCGAUGAGCCUCCACUUUCUGAAGCACCAGUUUUAUCAGGUUUAAUCCUCCGUGACCAUCUUGUUACUUUGUUAAAGAAUAAAGUUUUUUCGUCCACACCAAGGGCGAUAGGGGAUGAUGUCUUCAAGAAAUUUACAUCAGAUGAUUUUGCAAAGAAGGGUUCAAACAAAGGUGAAAAGAUAGAAGAUAUACAACUAACAGAGGAAGAAAUGGAAAUGUUCAUAGAUUUACAUCCAUUUACAAAUACAUCACCAUAUACUGUUGUGGAGACAAUGUCACUGGGAAAGGCCCUUACACUUUUUCGAGAAGUAGGUUUAAGGCACCUGCUAGUGAUACCCAAGAUCACUGGUAGAUCACCUGUAGUGGGUAUACUAACGCGACACGACUUCAUGCCGGAACAUAUAUUGGGGGUGCAUCCUUUGCUGGUAAGUAGCAGGUGGAAAAGACUAAGGUUCCGGUUCCGUUGUCUGGGAAAUCUCUUCUCUGGCUUCUGAGUAAUGCUACCAAAGCUUGAACUUCCAACAAUUGUAGAUAUUCUUGUGUGGACAAGGCUUACAUAUUCAUGAGUACACAGUACCCAGCUUCAUGAAGGUGCUAAUGGGGAGAAUCACAUUUGGUUCUUACGAAAAUCUAGCCAUGCUAUAUCCACAAGUCACUUGUCCUUCAAUUAUUGAUCCGCAUAUGUACAGUGGAUAGACCAAAUAAGAAACAUGAUUGCCCUGGAAUGUUCACAUGAAAUUUUGUUCUUUGGCAAUGUCAUGCUAUUCCAUGAAAAGUAGGGCUAUAAUUUGAAGUAGGUUUUCUUUUUAUUUUUUAUAGCUUCAUACUUCAAAUGUCAUAAUAAUUGGUCUCUUCAUAUAGAGAAAAUAUGAAGUGUGGUGUAUAAUCAUCUAAUACCUACUCAGAUUUGUAGCCAUCUUUUUUAUUUGUUUAUAGGGAUAGUUGUGGUCCAGAGGAAUCACAGAAUAAUUCAUUAACAUAAUCUUUUAUGUUUCAAAUUUCAUUAUCAACUAUACAGUGAAAAGAUUACA